ACUAUGUACCAAGGUUACUUAUUAAACUUCAUUCAUUACUCUUGAGGGAACUGUGAAGGAGCACUCAUACACAAGGCAUGCUCACCUGUUGCAUCUGAAAAUGGGUGAUUACAGCUAUAGAGCAGCUUCCGCAGACGAUGACGACGGUGUUUUAUCGGUUAUCCCUCGAAGAGAGGAAGACGUCAGAGUCGAGGUUUUUGACAUAGUUGACGACGGUGGAGAUGAAGAGAAAACUGAGAAGAUUCAUUUGCACAGUAACUGCCAUGUGUGUGAUGAUGGAGGGGAUACAGGGAUGCCGCAGGAUGCCGGCAAAUCAAACCCAAAGCCCUCGAAACGAUUCUGUCUGGCCAUGUGUUGCGGAGAAAGUGAUCCCAACACGGCGGCCGCAGGGGGAAGCGUACUUUCGAAAGCUCCUGAAAAGAAGCCAGCAUGUGCAGGCCUAGGCCUAGUAUAUGCCUUGCUGGCAUCUGUUUUUUUCUCCAUUGUGGCUCUCCUAGUGAAGAAAAUAGAUGGCAUCCAUGCUGUGGAAAUAAGUGCAAUCCGCUGCUUCUUCCAGAUGGUCUUUGUGCUUCCCGCCAUGAUUUAUUAUAAAACUGGGUUCCUUGGACCAAAAAGCAAGCGAAUCUAUCUGUUCCUGCGAGGGUUUCUGGGAUCGAAUGCCAUGAUCCUGUUAUACUACGCUGUUCAGCAGAUGCCCCUGGCUGAUGCCACUGUCAUCGUUUUCAGCAACCCAGUCUUCACAGCCGUGCUGGCCUGGAUAUUCCUCAAGGAGAAAUGCACCAUCUGGGACUUUGUCUUCACUAUUUUCACACUGACAGGUGUCAUACUGAUAGCGAGACCUCCGUUCCUCUUCGGAUCCCGGGUCUCAGGAAUAGAGGGGGACUAUCAGAACCACAUCAAGGGCACCAUUGCAGCCUUCAUGGGUGCGGUGGGGGCGGCGUGCACCUUCGUCGUGCUCAGGAAGAUGGGGAAAAGCGUCCACUACUACCUGUCGGUGUGGUACUACGCGGUCAUCGGUUUCAUCGAGUGCAUCAUCACCAUGUUCGUCAUCGACGAGUGGACCGUUCCCUACUGCGGCUGGGACCGGUGGAUUCUCAUGUUGAUCGGGGUUCUGGGCAUCGCAGGGCAGACGUUCCUCACCAAAGCACUGCAGCUGGAGAAAGCCGGGCCCGUCGCCUUAAUGAGGACCAUGGACGUGGUGUUGGCGUUCAUUUUCCAGUUCCUCUUCCUCAGCCGAACGCCGACGUGGUGGAGCCUAGGCGGUGCCCUGUGUGUCAUCAGCAGCACAACCGGAGUGGCCCUGAGGAAGUGGUACAUCAGUGCGAGAAACAGCAAGGAAUGAGCAUAGCCACUCAAACCCCUUCGUCAGAGAGGACUGUCCAGUCAAACGCCCUCUUAGUGAAGGAAGAGGAAGCCCUAGCCUGUUUAGACUUUGGUCUGUUACUGUGUAUGAGCAGGUUAUUUAGAUGCUGUAAACCAAAACAAUAAGAUGCAUUCGCAAAUAAGGUUUACAUGACAAUGUAAUUGUAAAAAUUUCCUCAGAGACACGCACAACAUUCUGAAGUGCUCAGCAAUAAAACAGAUAUACUGUUCUUUUUCAUUUUUUAUUAUGCUACUAAAGGUCCCUUGGCUAAGCUUUUAGUUGAGCUUUAACAUUCAAGAGGGACAUAUGCAUUUUAUAGUGGACCUCAGGUCAACUCGCAGAGUUUAUUGUACAGCAAAAUGAAUUAAUAAAUGAAUAAUGUUGACAAA